AUGACCACGGGCCCUGCCCACUGGGAGCUCCUGCAGCGGUCACGUGCUGUUGACAACCAGCUGUAUGUGAGCGCGGUGUCGCCCGCGCGGGAUGAGGACGCGUCGUACGUCGCCUGGGGCCACAGCUCCGUCGUCUCACCCUGGGGCGAUGUUGUUGCGACAACGGAUGAGAAACCAGACAUCAUCUACGCGGACAUUGAUGUGUCCAAGGUGGAUGAAGUUCGGCAGUCAAUUCCCAUCCGCACGCAGCAGCGGCCAGACAUCUACGAACUGGUGGCAAAGCAGGCGCAGUGA